CUCUUCUCCCUGAACUACUACAGACAGUACUUUGACCUCAACACGUCCGACUUCUUCCGCAAUUGUCUCGCCAGCAUGAACCCGCUCACGCAGCCCUCGGCAGACGACUUCAACCACGUCGGAGACCUCUACGGGUCGGUGUGGAUCACAGCGUCCUUGGUCUUCCUCUUGUUCUUCUGCAACUCCUUCGCAAUCCUCCUCAGCGGCUGGUUCUUGGGUAUGGACCUCGAGACCCUGCAGAUAAACUACUUCAAAAUGAUUGUGGCCUCCAUCAACCUCUUGUACGGCUACACCUUUGUCAUCCCCGCCAUCCUCUACAUCGUGUUGAAAUUUUACCUCAAGGUGCUAUUUCUCGCUCCGUUCACAAACUUGAUCUCAAUUUACUCCUACGCAAAUCUCCUCUGUUCCCCCGCAGUCUUCCUAUCGAUCUUCAGAGGCUUCCUAGUAAACCACAACACCCUCGACAUGGUCUUGAAAUGGUCGUGUAUCGUUGUUGGCGCUCUGUUGAGCGGGUUCUCCAUCAUCUACAAGAUCAAGGUCUAUUUCACCACCAUAUUCGGGGAAGAUGAUAAAAAGUCAAUGUACGUUCUUCUCUCUUUGCUGGUGCUAGCCCAUAUAGGCUUUGCAAUCGGUGUCAAGAUCAGUUUUUUUGGC